CGGUCAACCCGCGAACCCGCGGGAAGCACACACCUGAUAUCACACAGACAGCUGCUGCCGCUGUGAAGUGCAGCUAUCAUGGGGAUAGACUCUCGGAAAAAGGUUUCUUUGGGGCCUUCGACGACGGAGGAGAUCCUCAUGGCCUCCAGAGGCAACAACAAGUUCGUGACGCUGAUGAAGACCGCAGUCGGGCUGGCGAUCGGCACCGACGGGAUCGAGGUCACCCUUCUGAGCUACCUCGUGCCGUGCGUCGCUGCGGAGUGGGGGCUGACGAGCUUCCAGCAAGGGUCCCUCACCGCGAGCGUAUUCGCUGGCGAGUUGGUAGGCGCUAUCGUCCUCGGCGUCUUCAGCGACGUCUACGGGAGGCGGCCGGCGUUCCUGGUGGCGACGCUGCUCGUGGUGCUGUUCGGCCUGUCGACCACCUUCGCCACCAGCUUCUGGUGGCUGCUGCUCUUUCGCAGCCUCGUCGGGGUUGGGGCCGGGGGCAUGGAGGUGCCGUUUGACCUGCUGGGGGAGCUCAUCACGCACAGGGAGAAAAGCCGUAUCCUCGUGGACGUCCAAGUGAUGUGGGCCAUGGGAUCCUUGUUCGUGGGCUUCGCGGCGUGGGCCGUCCUCUCAUUCGGACACAGCUGGCGCCUCCUGGCCCUCGUAUCUGCGGUGCCCCCUCUGACAGUCCUAUUCUGCUUCAGCUUCAUCCCGGAGUCCCCGCGGUGGCUCAUCGCGAACGGGAGGGUACAAGAGGCGAAAGAGGUUCUGAGAAAGAUCGCCAACAAGAACGGGAUAGAGCUCACGGCCAUCACCAUCGUGCCAGAAGAGAAACCGAAGGACAGGCAUGGCGGCGUGGCGAACCUCUGGCGAAGACCCGACCUCCGGUCAAGGACGAUCGUGUCGUGCAUCAUCUGGGCAGCCUUCGGCUUCCUGUACUACGGAGUCAUUCUGCUGUCGUCGAAGAUCCUGGGGGAAAGCGAUGAGUGCUCUUUCGACUACUCCAUCCUGUUGUUCGCCUCGGCCAGCGAACUGGUGGCAAACGUCCUGACGAGGUUCUACGUGGAUCGUCUCGACCGGCGACUGAGCAUGUCGAUCAACUUCACGGUGUCGGCGGUGAUGACGGUCCUGAUGCCGGUCAACAGCGCGAUGGCGUGGCUCCUCGUGACGUCCUUCUUCGCCAGAGGGGCGUCGUACGUGUCCGCUUGCUUGGCGUGGAUAGUGACGCCUGAGCUUUACCCCACCCAGAUUAGGUCCACGGGCCACGCCUUGAGCAACGCCCUUGCGCGGUGCGGGGCUAUCGGGGCGUCGUAUUGGGUGGCGACCCCCUUCUCCAACGAGGUCAUCGCGAUCGGGCUGUGCGUCGUCGGCAUCAUCGGUGCAUUCACCGCUCAGGACAUGUACGAAGCCCUCGAGGCCCCACUCCUGAGCGUCGAAGAGCGCCUAGACGUCCUCUUGCACCUAAAGUGGACCGUCAGCGAGUUCGACUGCCGGCUGACCCGGGACAUCGCGGAGCUGGUCGACAGGGAGGCGGACCUGUUGAGCCGGGGGCGGGGGGAGGCCAGCCUGCGGCCGCUCCGGCAGCGCAUCCGCAACCUGUUCUUGCGGUUCGCGGAGACCCCGGACUUCAACCCGGAGGCCUCGCGGUUCAUUCGAGUGCCGCCCAAGUACGGGAAGCUUACGGACGAGGGGAUGGUGGGCUUGACAGGGGUGGUCUCAUGCAAGUGAAGGGCGAGGAUUGAAAACGAUGCAA